GCCCGCUGCCUCCCUAUGCCCGGUGCCCCCUGGUCGUCCCGGUUCCCCUCGGUGUGCCCCGGUCUCCCCUGGAUCCCCCUAUGUCGGGGUCCCCCCGGUCCCCCUGGUCCCUCCUGGCCCCCCCGGUCCCCACUGUGCCCCGGUCCCCCCCACUCCUCUCCGGCCCCCCCGGUGCCCCCUGGGCUCAGCCCCCUGCCCCCGGUGCCCCCCUGGUGCCCCCACGUGACCCCUCCCGGGUGGAGGUGGGGCUCUCCACUGGCCCCGCCCCCUUUCUCCACUCCCCCGGUGCUCCCGGUCCGUCACUUCCGUUCCCGUCGCACGGCGCUUCCGGUGGGCUCGGCCCCGCCCGUUCCGGCAGCAGCACUUCCGGGAGCGGGGCCGUCCCGCCGCCAUCUUGGGCCGGCUCCGGGGCUGCGGCGGCGGCGGCGGCUGAGCGGGUCCCUCCAUGGGAAGAUGCAGCGGGCGGGGCCGGAGGAGGCGGCGGGGGCGCAGGCGGCGGCGGGGGGUCCCGGGCGGAGCGGCGCCGAGGUGGCGGCGGCCCCCGCCGGGCGGCUCCUGAGGCGGGAGUUGCGGCUGCUCGAGUCCAUCUUCCACCGCGGCCACGAGCGGUUCCGCAUCGGCAGCGCCUGCCCGGACGAGAUCAGCUGCGAGUUCGUACCAGGGGCCGGAGCCCGCGCCGGCGCCUCCGCCUCCCGGGGGCCGCCGCCGGGGCCGGUCCGUAUCCACUGCAACAUCACGGAGUCUUAUCCAGCUGUGCCCCCGAUCUGGUCUGUGGAGUCGGACGAUCCCAACCUGGCAGCUAUCCUGGAGAGGCUGGUGGAAGUCAGGAAAGGAAACACGCUGCUGCUGCAGCACCUGAAGAGAAUAAUCUCUGACCUCUGCAAACUCUACAACCUCCCCCAACACCCAGAUGUUGAAAUGCUGGACCAGCCUCUGCCAGCAGAACAAAGCACACAGGAAGAGGUGUCCUCUGAAGAGGAAGAUGAGGAGAUGCCAGAGGACACUGAGGACUUGGACCACUAUGAGAUGAAAGAGGAGGAGCCGGCAGAUGGGAGGAAGACAGAGGAUGAAGGCAUUGGGAAGGAAAACCUGGCCAUUUUAGAGAAAAUAAAAAAGAACCAGAGGCAAGAUUACUUAAAUGGUGCAGUGUCUGGGUCUGUGCAGGCCACCGACCGGCUAAUGAAGGAGCUCAGGGAUAUUUACCGAUCACCAAGUUUCAAGGGCGGAUACUAUGCAGUUGAACUAGUGAAUGACAGCCUGUACGAUUGGAACGUCAAACUCCUGAAGGUUGACGAGGACAGCGCUUUGCACAGCGAUCUCCAGAUCCUCAAAGAGAAAGAAGGAACAGAUUUCAUCCUCCUCAACUUCUCCUUUAAAGAUAACUUUCCUUUUGAUCCACCGUUCGUAAGGGUUGUGUCCCCGGUGCUGUCAGGGGGGUAUGUUCUGGGUGGCGGUGCCAUCUGCAUGGAGCUGCUCACCAAACAGGGCUGGAGCAGCGCCUACUCCAUCGAGUCGGUGAUCAUGCAGAUCAGCGCGACGCUGGUGAAAGGGAAAGCACGAGUACAAUUCGGAGCCAACAAGAACCAGUACAGCCUGACAAGAGCACAGCAGUCCUACAAGUCCCUGGUUCAGAUCCAUGAGAAGAAUGGCUGGUACACACCACCCAAGGAGGAUGGCUAGUGCAGAUGCUGCAGGACCAAUCUGAUUAUCUUCUGGAUGCUCUAUUUGGAUCUUACUGAUGCCUCUUGGCUUUCUCCCAGGAUGUAAUAGCUCUGCCUGUUGCGGGACAAUACUGGCUGUUCAAAACUCUAAAUAAAACUGUUUAAGGAGUUGGACUGACCCAGAACACUUGCUGGGCCCAUGCUAGCAGGCAUUCUUGUUAAAACAAACUCGAGCCUCUUGUAUCGCUGGAAACUUUUGACUCUGCUCCAGUCUAGAGCGUCCUCCUUACCUAUGCUAUGGAUUUAAUUUAUUUUCUUAUUUCAUGUACACUGCUUUUUUUUGUUACAGUGUAUGAUGGAUGUGUAUGGAAAAUGUAUCUUUGGAGAAAAAUUACAGUUUGUUAAUUUGAGAA